UAGUCCUGCGUCCUGCGCCCUUUCCUAAGCGCCGAUCGCAUCCACACUCGUCCUCGCCUCUUCGUGCGCUGAUAAGAAGCCUCGACCGCUGCACAGGUAGCAGCAACGUCGACAGCUGGCGCUCCCUAGCUGUUUCAGUGGUGUCGCCGAACCUCGUGGCCUUUUCCGAGAAUCGGUGUCCCGGCCGGCAAGCAGGGCAAGCUUCUCGUGGUCUUUGAUUUCUCAUCCUUGGCAUCCCCGUCGUCAUCCACUACAGCAGCCAUAGCACAGGUCCAUUCGCCAACGCCGACUCUGGGUGCAGAAAGCGUAUCUACUCGCUCAUCCUGUUGGAGGCAUCCAUACCGCCAAGAUGUCCCACGAUUCGCCCACUUUCUCGUCUACGCACCCGGCGCAUAUUCUCGCCUCGCUCAACCUCUCAGCCAACAACAACAGAGGUAACAGCAACGGCAAUAACAGCAAUGGCCUUGCUCACCAAGGCGCAGGGCCUUCUACCUCAUCCUCCUCUUCACAACUCUUCUUUCCUUCUGGUUCGAAUCAGCCGUACUACACUGUGGAUCCAUACAACACCACUCACGCAGCGGCCGGCACCGGCACAAGUGCAGCCAGCGGCCUGUCCCCCGCGGCUUCUUCUACCGGCUCUGUACGCUCUCAAAGUCAGGCAGGCAAUCAAGCCAGUGCAAGCGGCGCAAAGACCAAGAGGAAGGGUAAGGAAGCUCAAGGGGGAAAGAGCCCUACAGCGGCGCUGGAUGGCGAGGAUGACGACGACGGAGAGGGAGGCGGUGAGAAGAAGAAGAGGCGGAGGAGGGUCGUGGUCGCCUGUGACACGUGUAGAAGGAAGAAAGUCAAGUGUAGGGGACUGCCCAAUGCUACCUCGACGUGCGACAACUGCACAGCAUACAACUACAAGUGUACCUUCUCUGCCGACCAAGAUCGUUCUCGAGGCAAAUACGAAAUUCUCGAGUCCAAGGCCGAAACUCUUCUAGCAGCGCUACGGUCUGUAGCUCCUCACCUAGCAGAAGAAUAUGAGAGGGGGCAGCUCAACAUCACUGGUCCAAGUGGCAGCAGCCGACAUCCGAAUGAAGAUUGGACAGGGCUCGAGAGGGCGCCUCAGCCAGCUCCUGCCCAGACUGGCACCGAAGGCUUGCGCAGGCCUUCCAAGGUGUUUGCUGGGAGCGCACCUGCAGGACCUCGUCUUGGUGCCUCAGCAUUCGAAGUGGCAACGAUACUGCCACCUCUGCCAGCAGCAUCUCGUCCAAGCCUCCCUUCGAUACGCUCUUUAGCGGGCCCUUUUCAUGCUGGAGCCCGCAUUGGUCCUAUGGUCCCAGAUCUGGAGGACGGUAGGCCGAGGUUCUAUGGUAGAAGCUCGACGCUGAGCCACUUUCACGCUCUUGAUAGUCGUCCACCCUCGGUCAGUCCGCCGCCGGAGCAAAGGAGCAACGGAGCUGAAUCCGCCGUCGAUGAAGGGACGAGUACGCUGCUCGACAAAGACAUCUUCAUCAGAGGCAGCACUCGCCCCGGUUCUGGGACAACAAUGAGGCCACCUUCAAGUGGUUUGAAGCGCGGCGGGGCGAUCAACAAUCCUGCUACGCCCAAGCGCACCAGCGAACACAAGCUCGGGCCAGGCACCCAAGCCCUGUACCCGAGCAAUUCUCGAGAAUGGGUUCAUCUGCUUAGAAGGAAGAAUACCGUGGCUGUUGGCCGAGACGAUAUCUGUUCGGACGAGUGGUUUACGAGGCACAUGCUGCCAUCCAACGACUUGGUAUUUCACCUCCUCGAUGACAUCUACUUCCCACAUCUACACCCGCUCUUGCCGAUCAUCCAUCCACCUACCUUCCGGAGAGACAUCCGGAACAAUAGAGCUUCGCACGACACGGCUUUCAGGGGACUUGUAUUCUGUAUCAUGACAAUCUCUUCGAGGUUCUCUGACGACCCUCGAGUGCUAGCAGAUCCCGAGGACCCCUUUUCUGCAGGUGAUCAUUGGGCAGCUGGCAGCAGGCUGUAUCAUCAAGCAUUCGCAGCCAGCCUCAUCAACGUGCAGGUUCUUCUCUUGACUGCUACGUUCAUGCAUGCCAGUAUUGGGCCAGGCUCAUCGUGGACGAUUCUGGGAACAGCCAUUCGAGCUCUCCAAGACAUUGGCCUACACCAGGAACGAGCGAAUGCAGACUUCACUCCUUUUGAUCAGGAGAUGCGGAGGAGGACCUUCUGGUCGAUCUUCAUCCUGGACUGCAUCUUUGCUGUGUGCCUAGGUAGGCCGAAUGCAUUGCAACUGGAUGACUGUAAUGUCCACCUGCCCCUUGACGUCUCCGAUGAAGAGUUGUCGGAAUGCGAGAGCAGUGGACAGCCUAUGGCAACCUCAUCUCGUGCGUCGGAUGAGGUGAAGAUUGAGGCCAAGGAUGGGGAGACCCGACUACCGAGACCUGGUGUAGCCUCUGGCUUCCGUCAUAUGGUCAAACUCAACCUCCUCGUACACGAUGUGGUCAAGAUACUGUACUCCCAUAGGAGGACCAGCGGCCAACCUGAUUGGCUGGCUCACCCUGGAGUCGGUCCGGUAGACUCUGGCGGCGAGCAAGAUAGCUCUCGGGACGAUGACAAGGGUGAGGGAAGCAAGGGAAAGAACAAGGGCGCCAAAUCAUCAUCUCUCAAGAAGCCCGAAUACAAGGCCAUGGCUCAACUCUGCAAGCGUCUGGAUGAGUGGGUCGCUGAGACGCCUGAACACUUGCAAGACCUCGCCACAAGUCCCUUCAAGCUUCAAGCAGGCAUUGUCUCCUGCGGGCGGCACGACAUCCGUCUCUACAUCCUCAAGCCUUUCCUGCCCGACCCAUUCCUCUACAACAUGCUACGACCGCAGUGCACAGCCCACGCGCGAGCUUGCUUGACCACUGUACUGGACUUGUAUGAAGGAGGACAUCUGAACAACAUGGUCUUCGUUUUCACCCAAGCCUUCAUGAGCGCAGUCACCUUCCUGCUCACCGUAUGGCACGUCACUCAAAACGUCAAGGAUCUUCUGCCAGACGCUGGGCUGAUCGAGAGGACAGCGAUGAUGAUGACGAUGGUUUUCGAUGACAGGUAUUGCUCAGCCGUGUUCAAGAAGGCGUGGAGAGUGUUGCAGCGCAUUGCAACCCGGCUGUUGCCUGCUCUCAACGGGGAGCAGAGGGCCAGGCUGCAACAGUGGGCUUUCAAAGAUUCGCAGUCGUCUACUGAAGCAGAGCCUUCGGUCACCCAGGAGCAAACUGGCUAUUCUAUCCCACAAGCAUCAACCGCCCUCUCACCUUCGGGCCUGCACAACGCCUCUCCGCUCUCCCACGAGCGCCGUGGCUCGACCUAUAAUCAGACCGCCAGCGGAACAGGAGGGCCGUACAAUGUUGCUUCCUCUAAUGUCGCAAAUUUCCCUGGCUCACAAGGUGGUCCUUCUGGAAUCUAUACUCGUACGAAUGGCCCGGCCCUUUACCCUUGGCAAGCUGGCGGCACAGCGAGCACCUCUCGCUCAGGCGCUGGCGCUGGUGCCUCGACACGUUCUCUCACCUCGAGUCGACCAGGCUCGGGUGCCACAUCCCCUACCAUGUUCACCUUGGAGCACUGGAAGGCAAACGGAGGACUGGCAGGAAACCAAAGCCGUGGUCAAUCGCCGACUGGACACAAUGUGGCCUACACGCAAUUUGCCCAGCGUCUCUUGGGAAGCACUGGAAGCGUGACUGGACAGGGCUUCGGCACUACGGACAACACCUGGCCGCAAGCUUCUGGCUCUGGCUCAGGUUUCCAGAGCUACAAUUCCCCAAGUCGAGAUCGUAUGGCGUCUCUCACCGAUCCCUUCUCGCAGAGCAACGCCGAGGUCAACUACGGUGAUGCCAAUGGGAUCCUCGGCACCGGGUCCGGCGGGUUCGGAACGGACGACGUCAAUCUGGAUUUCUUCAAGCUAUUUGAAAUGGCAGAGAACGAUACAGCGGAUUUCCAGACCAGUGCUAUGUCUGCUCAGCUGGGCGGCCAAGUAGCUGCUGGCGGUGGAGCGGGUGCAGAAGGUGGAGGAAAGGCGGGUGAGCAGAGAUCCGAUGCUUGGCAAGAGGAUUUCCUGCAAUUCCUCUCGGGCUUUGACCUGCCUACGAAUGUUGCUGUGAGCGAUCUCACUGGGAGGGACGCUCCUGCAGGACUAGACAAAUAGAGAUCGACGGUGAUAGGGGACAGUGUGGCCAGAGAAGGCUGCCGGAAAGGGUAUACGUAUAUGUCAUCUGAAGUUUGCUGUACCAUGUCAUCAGUCUCGCCUCUUGUGGACCGACGCCUAGGUGCAUGACAAUACAUGACUCUCAUAGUGUCUCAGCUUGACACAGCAAAAGAA